AUGAAUCUUUAUACUCCUGGUAAAGGAUUGUUUGGCACCCGUGUUACAUGGAACGAUAUUGAGGAAGACAUGCUUAGAGAGUUACACACUUAUGCUUUCUUUGGUCCCAACAAAACCGCAGAGAAUAUUGGAGAUGGAAAAGGUUUCAUGUCCAGGAUUGUGCUGGUGGAUCCGAAUUGGCAAUUCAAGGACAAGGAUCUUCCAAAUAGAUUUAUUGUGAAAAUACUGACUCAGUUGGCUAUGCGCACGCUAAACCAUGAACUGGAUAAAGAAGAGCAUGAAAACAGUUAUAUUACUAAAAAAUUUUUGAACUCUUUUGAUGAAGGGCAGAAAAUUGUAAGUACACCCACAUUAUUUUUUAGACAACUUUAGUA